GACCCUAAGAACGACCAUUCGCUAUUCGCUCUUUCCCCCAUUAAGCACCAGGACCAUCGGCGGCGCGAUUUCAAACCAAAUCCCUCCUCCUGAAACCUUUUCAGCAAUCGUCACUCGCGAAUCCCUCGCCGCCAGAACCCUAGGAAGCUUCUAGAACCCCUGCGAGGCCAGCGAGAUGCUCCUCCGGACUCCACCGCAGCGGAAGCGGCGGGCCGUCCCCGACGCCGACCCCGACGCCAACCUCGACCUCGACCUCGCCGCCGCCGUCGCCGUCGCCACCGGACGGACCCCCGUCUCCGACCGCCGCCUCGUGCCCUACGACCGCCCCACGGCCCUCGUGUCCGCCUCCGGCGCCGAGGAGCCCUCCGACGACAUGGUCUGCACAUACCACUGCCGUCAGAUGGUGAAAUCGGAGUUCGUGGUGGCACUGGACACCGCGGAGAAGGCGGUUCAGGAGUAUCGAGUAAAGCUUGACACAUUGGAGAAACAGUUAUCCAAGAGUGAGGAUGAAAGGACUACAUAUCAUGAUAAACUGAACUAUGUCGAACAAGAACUAGCAGCAACAAAAGGGCGGGAGACUGCAUUGCAAGAACGGUUAUUGAAGGAGCUGGGCGAGUAUCAGGAGCGAUACCGACAGCAAGUCAGGAAGAUAGGGGAACUUGAGGUUAAACUCAAUAAAGAGAUUGAUUCUCGAAUUAGCGCCGAAUCAUCUUCAGCAUCUGCACAGGAGUCGGUCAAGGAGUUGGAACGGGCUAUGCAGCGGUCAUCUGAAAAUUCAGAAAGGGAGAAGAAAGCCCUUCAGAAGGAACUUUCAUAUAUGCAAGAUGACUCAAAACUAUCUAUCUCUAAACUUAAUGCUGAGCUUGAAAGAAUGAGCCUCAGGGCGCAAAACUCUGAGAAGGAAGCAAAGAUGUUAAAUGAGCAGUUGGAGGACUUGAAAAAGCAAUUAAAUGAGGUAAAGUAAUGUGAUUCACAUGAU